AUGUAUGGGGAUAUACAAAGGCUAAAUUCAUCUUUUCUUGCAAUUUAUGUGUCACUGAUUCCACCGGAAGAAGAGAAGGAAAAACAGAAGCAUCUCAUGGCAUUAUUGGAUAAACAUGUUACAAAAGAAUGGCCUGAAGCUCGAUCGUUUUCUUAUGGAUCAUGUGCCCAUUCAUUUGGAUUUCGUAAAAGUGACGUUGAUGUUUGUCUUGCAAUGGGAAAUGCAGAUAUUGACAAAGCAGAGAUUUUUUUGAAGCUUUCUGAUAUUUUGAAAUAUGAUAAUGUUGGGAAUGUUCACGUAAUUCUCUUCAAGGGCAUUGACUCGAGCCAGGUUCCCAUAGUGAGGCUUAUGGAUCUUACUAUUGGAAUCCGUUGUGAUAUUUGUGUAAACAACUUGCUUGUUGUUAUAAAUAUAAAGCUUCUAUGUGACUACUCAAAGAUAGAUGUGAGAUUGAGACAAUUGCCCUUCAUUAUCAAACAUUAG